GACCAAGCACAACUACAAAUUCCUUUACCUUUUUUUUUCAAAUGACUUCCGUCAUUUAAUUUUUUUACUUCCUUGUUUAAGUUUAGUCCAUUUGAGAUCGCUUAGAGUUAAAUAUCUCCUUUCCUUCGAUGAAAUGACCCUUCAACCUUUUCGAAUUGGCAUUGUGAUUUUGUUAUUUUGUAUCAGCAAAACACAACAAUGCCCUCCAAAAAACAUUUCCUGCAACAACGUUAAGAUGGCCAAGGGAUUCAAGUUCUUAUAUCCGUGUCCUGAGGGAGGAGAGAUUUCUGUGAUUGAUAAUAAGACUCUGAUUGCUCAUGCUGUGCUUGGCAUUCAGUGGUUUAGUUAUUUGAAUGAAGUGAUGAGCAUGGACAACCAUUCAGUUGUUACAAGAGACUGCAGAGACCUGCGAGUAGAAUGCAUAUUUAAUAAUGGAAAGAACUUUGUGGAAGACAUCUGUGUGGAUUAUAAAAUGACUGAGAAAAUGAAGAAUCCUGAUCCCGAUGAUUCACCAACAACACAGAACCUCAGCAGUGAGAAGUUUUUUUUGAUCGGUGGGAUAGUGCUCUUCAUGGGGAUGGUUGUUUGCUGUUACAUUUAUUGUAAAAAGAAGCAGUAUGGUGUACCUGCAGUUUCUGGCUUUUUCAGAUAUCCUAAGACUUGCCCUUGUCUCAGAGAGGGGAUUUCCAAGGCAGAAAUGGGAGAGACAGAAGAAACUAGACACCCUGGAGGACGUGAAGUCCAAAAGGUCACAGCUGGUGAUUUGGACACAGCACAAUCCAAUACUGUUAACAGGCUAAUUGAAAUAUCUGCAACUUAUCCACGUGGAAGUGGUGAAAAUGAUAUCAAGCAAGAUGACAAACUUGGAAGUGUGCAGAGUGUUGAUCCCAAGGCUGAUGGCAAGACUCUUCAAUCCUUCAGACUGGACCGCAACUUAAGCACUGAGGGACUGCAGCCCAAUAAAACAGGAGACAUAAGUGCCCCUGACAAAACCUAUAAUCAUCAAGCCAUGAACAGUAGCUUAAGAGAUGAUCCAGGAAGAGUGGUUGAAACAAUUUAUUAA